AUGGCUCCACGAACACCCCGUACGGCACGUAGGGAACUUGAUCCUUGUAUGAGGGCUCGUAUAUGUGAGCUUCAUACAGAGGCACAUUGGGGUUAUAAACGUAUACACAAGGUGCACCCAGAGAUCCCUAUAUCGACUAUUCGGAACACAAUCAAAAAGGAGCAAGAGCGCAUAAAUCAACGUUCAAAAGCACGUUCUGGAACCCCAGCAAAAUUGACAGACGAGGAUAAACAGAAGCUUAUUGAAUUGACGAUUCAGAAUCCUCAUAUCAAAUAUGAGGAGCUUCGGAAUGCGGUUGACAACAAAGUUACUAUCCGCACUAUACAAAACAUGUUUCAACAAAUCCAUAAAAGGAAAUGGAAGCAGCGUAAGCGACCUGAGAUUCUUCCUCUUAAUGCGCAAAAGAGAUUGGCCUGGGCUUUAAGAUAUGAGGCUUACACUCCCCGUGAAUGGCAGCGUAUUCUUUGGACCGACGAAUGCACGGUUGAGCGCGGUAAAGGGGGUCAAUUGAUAUGGACAUGGCAUUCCCUAACCGAGCAACUCCGGGAGCAUGAUAUACGUGAGAUCCGUACUGGGAAAAGCAUCAAAAAGAUGUUUUGGGGGGGAUUCAAAUUUGAUCAACGGAGUCCAUUGGUGCCAUUAACCUCGGAUGGCUCAUCAGCUGGCGGAGGUAUUACUGCAACAGUUAUAAGGCAGCUUUAUAUGGAACAGCUUCCAGAGUUACUCGAUAAUGGGGAUAUCUUUAUGCAGGAUAAUGCGCCCGUACACCGAGCGCAUAUCAUACGAGAUCUGUUACGAGAAUUAGGGCUAGAUAUUAUGGAGUGGCCUCCAUAUUCUCCAGAUCUCAAUCUGUAA